UCUGUCCUCAGAUAAAAUGUUUUAAAAAUUACAGCAGCUCAUGUUUUAUCAUCAUUUUCUAACUUUUAUCAUUGCAAGAUCAGGUGAAAAUGGCUCCUAAAAAGCGAAAAGCUGAAAACAUCACACUGGACAUCAGAACAUUUUAUAAGAAGAAAAGUGACAUUCCUGUCAGCGGAACACCAAGCACAAAGCCAAGACAGAUGACCACUUCUCAGAUGCCUCAAAUGAGAGUAAAGGAAGAACAGGAAGCUGGAGUUUUAGUGAAUGGACACACACAUCUCUUUAAAAUGAAGUUUGGCUCAGAAGACCGUACAUACAACAUUUCCUGUGAUCGACCACGAACAUUGCUAGAGGCCAUAAAAUCACAUUUAGGGGAGGAAUUUAAUGAAAAGAUUAAGUGUGCUGAUGAGAACAUCAUCAUUAAGCGGGGCAAAGGGGAUAAUUCAUCUCUUGUUGCAACACAUUUCCCAUGUUCUUGUCUUCGUGAAGGUGAGUGUCUGACCAUACGUGCAUCAACAAAGGUUGUAGAGGCCCAACGCAAAAAAAAAUACCAAAUCCAAGAAAAAGAGAGGUAUACUGUCUUCUACAUAGACAAGGAAGGAGGGAAAGAUUCCAAAUCCAAAGCAAAUCAGAUUUUUAGAUGCAGUUAUAUUGCUGAGGAAUUCAAGUAUUUCUGUGUUUAUAAUAAUAAUAAUAAUAAUAAUGGAUUAGAUUUAUAUAGCGCUUUUCAAGGCACCCAAAGCGCUUUA